AUGGUCUCAUUCACUGCUCUCUUCACUUCCGGCCUUCUGGCCACCACUGCCUUCGCGGCCCCCGUGCAGGUGCAGAAGCGCUCCACUAGCAAGCGUGGCGCUGCCUAUAACGACAUCACCACUGUGUCUCCUCUUGCCAGCACUGGCGCUGUGUCCUGGGCCUACAACUGGGAUAUGUGGCUGUACGGCGUCCUGCCCUCCGGUGUCAGCUACGUCCCCAUGCUUCGGAGCUCCUCGGACUUUGGCGGCUGGUUCACUGCCAUUCAAACUGCCCUGUCCAGCGGCAGCGAGUACAUUUUGGGCUUCAACGAGCCCGACAUGACCUCGCAGGCCAACAUGAGCCCUUCCGAGGCGGCCUCCUACUACAACCAGUACAUCACCCCGUACUCUGGCCAGGCCAAGCUGAUCUCUCCCGCCGUGACCUCUUCCACUACCCCCGGCAUGGGCCUGUCCUGGUUCACCGAGUUCAUGGGCUCCUGCAGCUCCUGCGGCAUCACCGGUCUCGCUGUUCACUGGUACGGUAACACCGCCGAGGAGUUCGAAUCCUUCGUCACCCAGGCCAUCAGCACCGCCCAGCAGUACGGCCUGUCCGAGGUCUGGGUCUCCGAGUUUGCCUUGAACUCUGACGUCUCCGGCACCGGCGACCCCGCCACCACCGCCGCCUUCCUCAACACUGUCCUUCCCUGGUUGGACUCUCAGGAUAUGGUCUCGCACUACUCCUACUUCAUGUGUGCUGAGAACUACCUCCUCAACGGCAACACCCUCAACGCCGCUGGUGAGGCUUACACUUCCACUUCCUCCUAA